AUGUCCGAUUCUGAAGUGGAAGAAGAAGUCGACUACGACGCUCUCUCGGUCGAUGAGCUGUUCCAGCACGGAAAAUCUCUGUUCAGGGAAAAGAAGUAUUUGGAAUCAGCAGAGUAUUUAUCGCGAGCACUGGAAAAAAAAUCUGGCGAGGAUCCUUCCCACUACUCACUCAGGGACUACUACCUCUGGUACGCGGAUUCGCUGCUCACAAACGAGGAGCAGAGCUCAAACAUAUUCGAGUCUAGUGUUGACGAAGGUCACGACGAGGAGCUGCCCUCGGCCCAGACUGUGCUGGACGCGGCCAACAAGACUCAGGCGAACCAAUCGGACGAAUCGCUCGCGUUCGACCUGUUCCAGUUCGCAAAUGAGUGCUAUCUAAACUACUUCAAGGAAUUGGAAUCAAAGAACAUGGAGCCUCUGCCCGAGGAUGUGCUAGACGCUUCGUACUGCCUAGUACGCAUAGGAGACAUGUUUUUCAGCAACCACCAGUUCGAGGAGUCCUCAAAGGAAUAUGAAAGGGCGAUAAAACUGAGGGAACAGUAUAAUCUGCCACUUAAACACCUGGCGUCAGUGUACAUAUCCCUGGCACAAAGCCAAAUGUUCAAUGGAAAGCAAAAGCUUUCACUGGAAACGUUUAACAAAACGGGAGAACUGCUCAGAAGGAUGUUGAAGGAGGACCUGAAGGAUGAGGAGAAAAAAAACCUGGAAAAUACACUGGAAGAUGUAAUAAUACAGGCGGAGGACCUAAAGAAGCUUUUGGCAGAGCCCGCAAGUGCGGAAGGUCAAAACAUAAAAGGGAGCCAGAGCAACGCGGCAUCACUAAUACCGAAAACGACGGGCACGCUGGACGAGAGACAGCUGGACGCAAAUAUGGUGAAAUCUGUGGUAAUUAACAUUAACGUGGAAGAUGUGCCAGAAAAAAGGAGAAGAAUCGACCUGUCGAAAGCUUACGAAUAA